AUGUCAAUUAUUAAAUCUAUUUCAUCAAUGAACCCAGUUAACAGUGCUUCAACUAUUUCUAUGUUAAAUUCAUCAGGAAGUACCUUGUUCUCUGAUAAUGAAUCAGCUUGUUUUGGUAAUAGCUUAGGUGGUGGUUCAUGUGGUUUCAAUCCAUGUUUUAAUCCAUGCAGCAGUGGAAACAGUAACAUUAUAAAUAUCGAUAUUGAUAUUGGUGGUCGUAGAAGAUGCUGUUAA